CGUGUACCUGCUUUUAUCAGUGACCAGUAAUUCUAUAUUUUAUCAUUUUAUCACGUGAAUGAAAUAACGCACCCAUCGCUAAGUUAUGGGGCAAUUUCAUUGAAAAAAAUUUAUUUUUGCCUAAUUUCAAGUGGAGUUCCAGAAAGAACUAAGUUCAAAUGGAGGUGGAACAACAGCAAGGACUAGAAAUGGCCGAAAUCACGUCAGAAGUGUACGAUAUUAUCCAUCCGAGUCCGGUUUCGCUAAAACAACUAUCAGCAAUCACCGUUAGCCUGGAAAUAUGGCGACGUCAAGUGGUUGAAGAUCGCAAGACAAGUGGAAAAUUGGAUGCGUUUGACCCUUUUUACACGCUAGAAAGAGAAGAUACCUGGCUGGAAAAAAAGCUUCCCGAUUUGCCCUCCAUGAUUUACCGGACAAUCGAAAAUUUUUUAUCAAGAUUCAGGCGAUCGAUGUUAUCGUGGGCGAACCAUCAUCAUAGGAAAGGAUUGUGUUGGGAUGGUUCAAAAGAUUUCGAUGAUUUUGUGUGUGAUUAUGAUGGCUCUGUCGAUUACGCGAGGACAGCCGAACGUGUGAUGCGUUGGAAAAAAUUCAGUUCGGAAAUGAAGUUUACAGUCGCUUGUAUGUAUUUCUUCGAAGAGGAUGUAAGACGAAUUUGGCCGUCUGUAUCAGCAAACAUGAACGUAAAUUUGAUCGAUUUUGACAAAUGCCCGGCAGUAUAUUACUGGAUUUGUCGCCUCACGAAUAAGUUAGAUAAAAUACCAAACUGGGAGGGUGAAACUGUCGAUGAAAGAAUGUUUGAGAUGUCCAUGCCUUAUAAUAGACCUUCGGUCGAGUAUUUUUGGAAUCGUAUACCUGUGGAAAAACAAGUGCAAAGUGCUGUUGCUGAGCUUAGAGGUUAUGAUUUCGUUAGAUUCGUAUUACCAAAACUGGAUGAUGUGCAGCUUGAUGAAUUCGUCAAUGGUGGUAGUAGACGUCGCUUGUAUAAAGUGUUUCUAAAUCUUCAUAGCGAUGAAUGGACCAUCCUGAGAACUUGGUUUCACAUCAGGAACGUCAUAAAGGAAACUAAUUUUACCAAUCUUAUCAUUCGUAUGUUUGACGUUGAGGAUUUCUCUACUGUUGAUGAUGAUUACUUUUCAUCGGGAGAGUGGGAAUUUUUGUGUUGUCAGAUUUGGAAGCAUACGCCGCUUAAUUUAAAACGAUCGACGAUCAGAGUUUUCUCAUCGGAUAAUACCUGGAUCGCAGCUAUCAAUAUUCACGACUGCGGCGAAUGCGAUUGUCAAAAAAUAAACGUCGAUUUGCUGUUGACUAUUUUGCAAGAUGCAUCGUUGGAAGAAAGAAACCUAUUCUUGCAUAAUUGCUGGGGUUGUUUCAUUAAACCACUUCAAAUCAAAGAUUUGCAACGGGUAAUAGGAUUGUGCUUUGAGAACGAAGUUGAGAUUACUCAGUUCAAGCGAAACGUCAUGGUUAAAAGCGAAGAUGUCUUUCAACAUUGCCUUUCCUUAUUGAAAGAUCGGCAUUUCGACGAAUUGAAUGCAUUUGUGAGUUUUUGUUGUCCGAAAUCGAAAUCAGCGAGAAACUUUAAACAACGAAUACUGCGGUCGGCUUUUCUUGGCGAAGAUUGCAAACUUAGUGGUUGGAUUUUCCGAAGUUAUACUAGCGAAUACGUCAGUCAUAUCGAAGUACUCAAUAAAUUUGUUGAUGGUGCUUUUGACGACUACGAUCUAUCCGUCGAUUUCAAAGAUCUGUUCAUGUCGUCAACUUCAUUUUUGCGACAUUUAUCGAGUAUUAUGUGCGAGAGCCAUAUUUCUCUCGACAAGCUCACAAAAUUUAUUGAUACUUUUGUUUCAACCGAAGAAGUUCUAACGCAGGUCAAGAUGAGAUUGAUUGAUUCGUUGAAAGAGUAUGGGGCUACGAAUGCGAUUGACCGUCGUUAUAUACGUCUCUUGGAUGAGAUCUUACCAUGGUGCUUGGGAAGUAAUGAAGGAGUUGAAGAAUUCAAACUGAACUGCCUUUGGAAGUGAGAGAAGCGGUGAUUUUUACCCCGUGGAUUCAAAUUAUGUCAGGUUUUGUGUGUAUUUUUUAAUAGAAUUGCGUGAUUUAAAAUGUUUUUCUCUUUUUUGUUUUUGAAAUGAAAUGCUAUGUACUUAAAAUACUUUAAUGAAGUUUUGAUUUUUUGUUUUGAAUUAAUUUUAACCGAAAUUUUUGUAUUUUCCAAUAUUUUUAUAGAGAAUAAAUUUCGAACGAAUUUUCGAAAUUUUUGUAGCUAUUUUUAUGCGAUCCGUUUCACAAUAAGUACUCAUGUUUCAUGUAUUCUUGUAAUUUUUUUGUUAUUUAUUUUCUACUUAUGCAACUUAAUUUAUAAUCACGAUUUCUCUGGUUACUCACGUGGCUAUUUCAUUAAUAUUGCAAGUUGAUUUCUUACCAGUUUCAAGUAUGGCAUUGCCUCAUCUUGAGUCAUUUUUAUGUUAUAGUUAUUCUCGAUAAGUCUAACUUAUUUUUCAAAUUUGAAUUGUCCUCAACUUGAAAAAUUUUUUCGCUCUACUUUUUAAUUCUCUUAUUAAACCUUGAAUUUAUUGCAGAUAAUUUUGAUUGAUUUUUUUUUUGUGAAUGCCUACUUAUAAUGUAGUCUGAAAGUCAGAUAUCUUUAAUGUUACGAAGAAUUGAUUAUUACCUACUUAAUUUUCGAAAUAUAUUUUCACGAUAUCGUCAACGAUUUUCGCAUCAAUUAUUAAAAAUUAUCCCCCUGAACGUUUGGAAUUUUGAAAUAAAACAUUUGAAAAUGA